GCCGGACAUUUGCAUGAAGCGACUCGACCCCACGGAGCAGCGGCAGCAGCGGCGCACCCGGGCGGCGGCGGCGCGCGGUCGGAGCCCGGCGGCCCUGGUCUCCGGGCCCCGGUGGAUGCGCGGCUGGGGAGCGGCCCAUGGGCCGGAGCUGAGGCUGCCCGGGGUGUCGGGUCGCGGGGCGGGGGGCGCGGUCGAGGCCCGGAGGCGGCGGCGCAGGAGGAAGCGGAGGAGGGCGGGCGCGCUGGGCCCGGGAGGCAGGCAUCGCAGCGCUGCCGCCGCCGCAGCCCCGGGCUCGCCAUGCUCCUGGCCUCGGCCGUGGUGGUCUGGGAAUGGCUGAACGAGCACGGCCGCUGGCGUCCCUACAGCCCGGCCGUGAGCCACCACAUCGAGGCGGUGGUUCGCGCCGGGCCCCGCGCCGGGGGCAGCGUGGUGCUGGGCCAGGUGGACAGCCGUCUCGCUCCCUACAUCAUCGACCUGCAGUCCAUGAACCAGUUUCGCCAGGACACCGGGACCCUCCGCCCAGUUCGCCGCAACUACUACGACCCGACCUCGGCCCCUGGGAAGGGCGUGGUGUGGGAGUGGGAGAACGACAAUGGUUCUUGGACACCGUACGACAUGGAAGUGGGCAUCACCAUCCAACACGCCUACGAGAAGCAGCACCCCUGGAUCGACCUCACUUCCAUCGGCUUCAGCUAUGUCAUUGACUUCAGCACCAUGGGCCAGAUCAACCGGCAGACCCAGCGCCAGCGCCGCGUCCGCCGGCGGCUGGAUCUUAUCUACCCCAUGGUCACUGGCACCUUGCCCAAGGCCCAGUCCUGGCCAGCCAGCCCCGGGCCUGCCGCCGCGCCCCCCGCCCCGCCCUGCUCCUGCCCACAGUGCGUCCUGGUGAUGAGCGUCAAGGCCGCGGUGGCCAACGGGAGCGCUGGACCCCUGCAGCCCCCGGCUGCCCGCAAGAACAUGCCCGAGUCUGGAGCGGUCAAGGUGCCUCCGCCGCCAGGCCCUGGGACCAAGCCACUGGACAGCACGGGGACCAUUCGAGGCCCGGUGAAGACGGUCCCAUCGCAGGCGAUCCGGCGACAAGCCUCCAGCACGCCGGCAGGGGCGAAUGCGGGCUCCCCUGCUAGCCCCCCGGGAGCCAAUGGCAAGACCGGAAGGGUGGCCCUGGCGACCUUGAAUCGGACCAACCUGCAGCGACUGGCCAUCGCCCAGUCCCGGGUACUGAUCGCCUCCGGGGUCCCCACCGUCCCAGUGAAGAACCUAAGUGGGUCCAGUCCUGUCAACCCUGCCUUGGCAGGAAUCACUGGGAUCCUCAUGAGUGCGGCAGGGCUGCCUGUGUGUCUCACCAGGCCACCAAAGCUGGUUCUCCACCCACCCCCCGUCAGCAAGAGCGAAAUAAAAUCCAUCCCAGGGGUUUCCAACACGAGCCGCAAGACCACCAAGAAACAAGCCAAGAAAGGUAAAACCCCAGAAGAAGUGCUGAAGAAGUAUCUGCAGAAAGUCCGGCAUCCACCAGACGAGGACUGCACUAUCUGCAUGGAGCGCCUCACGGCCCCCUCGGGCUACAAGGGUCCACAGCCGACGGUCAAGCCUGACCUAGUGGGUAAGCUGUCCAGAUGCGGCCACAUCUACCACAUCUACUGCCUGGUCGCCAUGUACAACAACGGCAACAAGGAUGGGAGUUUGCAGUGUCCAACCUGUAAGACCAUUUAUGGGGUGAAGACAGGUACCCAGCCUCCAGGGAAGAUGGAGUACCACCUCAUUCCCCACUCUCUGCCUGGCCACCCAGACUGCAAAACCAUCCGGAUCAUCUACAGCAUCCCGCCUGGCAUUCAGGGGCCAGAACACCCAAAUCCUGGGAAAAGUUUCAGCGCCCGUGGCUUCCCACGACACUGUUACCUUCCAGACAGCGAGAAAGGGAGAAAGGUCCUGAAGCUGCUGCUUGUGGCCUGGGAUCGCCGUCUCAUCUUUGCCAUCGGUACGUCCAGCACCACGGGCGAGUCCGAUACCGUCAUCUGGAAUGAGGUCCAUCACAAGACAGAGUUUGGCUCUAAUCUCACUGGCCACGGCUACCCAGAUGCCCACUACCUGGAUAAUGUGCUUGCUGAACUGGCUGCCCAGGGCAUUUCUGAGGACAGCGCUGCCCAGGAGAAGGACUGAACCGGAGGGGCCUUGGGGUGGGAGAGGCCAUGGGGCCACAGGUCAGGAAGUGGGGAGAGUCAAGGUGGAAGCUGACGCCAUGCCCUCCCAACUCCCUGUCUCCGCUCCUGUCCUGUCUCCAUCCCCCCAUCCCUCCCGGCCCCAGGCUGGGGGCCGCAGCCAGAAUGAAUAAGGUGGUGUCAUCCACAAACCUCAUCCAGCGCAAAGGGGACGUGGGAUGAGGGCCAUCCUCUGUUCCCGUGGAGUUUUCGGUGCUGGGUAGGCAGGGACCACCCCCCCUCACCCCCCCUAAGCAGGGGGCACGGGCAGCACACUUAGGGUUGGGGCACUCCUUAUCCUGGCCUUGUGAAGCCGGAGGUUCAUGCCUCAGCCGGCUUCUUGCUGUUUCCGCUCUGCUUUGAGAGUGGAGUUUCCGCUUUUCUCUCCUCCACUGGAGGUGAGGAGCGCUCACUGUGCAGGACUGGGGGGCAAAGUGGUGAAACGCGGAACUGCUGUGAGGUCAGAAAUCCGUCCCUCGGUGCGCAGCACGGAAGCGCUUCUUGCCAAGAGGGUCAGGGUGGCACAGGCUCCGGGGAGCAGGCUCAGCUCUCAUCAUCGCCCUGGCCUCUCUGGGCCCUCCCUCCUCUUCCCACCUGUGACCUGUGCAAAGAGGCAUCCAGAUGGACAGGCUUUGGGAUUCCUCUCUGGGGCGGCAUCCCAUGAUGUCUCUGGCCCCUCUUUGAUCAGACCCGAGCCUGCAUCCCACUUAGCCUCUGAACAGUCCUCAGGGAGAGGAGCCCAUAGCCUUCUUCCCAACUCAUCCCAGACCAGCUCAAAGAUUCCAUGAGUUUCAUCCAGUCACUGUGAGUGGAGCCCAGGCUGGGCUCUGUGCCACCUGUGUGCGUGCAUAUAUGUGUAUGUGCGUGUGCGUGUGUGCGCGUGUGUGCACUGCUGGGCCAGGUUGGUGGAGGGUCCCCUCGUGUUCUCACACUCUGUUUUGCAAGAUGUCAAACCCCCAUUCUGAUGGGGAUGAAACAGCGAGGCUGUGCGCCCUUGACUUGCCUCACCCUUUGCCAGCCCAGUCCAUAGUAAACUUGGACCCAGAAGAAGACAGAACUAUGCCUGGGAAGAUGUGUAAGGUGAGGGCUGGACUGACCCCUUUGUAUAUCUCUUUCAAGACGAGAUCUGAGCCAGACUACGAGGGCUUCAAUCUGUCUCCGUGCACAUUUGCUAAUCAGAGCCCGGAGGUGGUGCUGGGCCCCUCACCUCCCUCAUCGAUUACAGGGUGGCCCAGAGCGUGAGGGAGACUCUAGCCCAUUCCCAGCAGGAUUGGGGCCACAUUAGGGUCCAGUCCAACCUGCGUCUGGGUUGUGUCCCAAGACCCUGUGUAUCCCCUCCCUGACGUUCCCUUCAGCUCCCAUUAAAGAAGGAAUUGUGCGUCAGGGAGGAGAGAAGGGGGACCAAGAAGGGAAACCCAAUCCUCCCUUUGAAAGUGGGUUCUUUGAACUACGUGUUUGGGGGAAGUUCCUCUGGAUACUAAUUUGAAUUUAUAUACCUCAUGUUUGGGGGGUUUGACGUAUAUAUAUGCAUAUAUAUUUCAUAGUAUUUGGAAGGUUUUCGAUGCUAGAAAGAUGGAAAUGGAAGAACCUGGAAAAAUGGUAUUUAAGUUAGAAGCAGAAGCCAAGCUUUUCUGAGACUGGGCUCCGAGCUGCUUGCUCUUAGGCCUGCAGACGUUUUGACUGUAGGGUGGCCAGCGGGUUCACCUAGGUGUCACCCAGCUUCUGGGUCACGCUCCCCUCCUUUUCCGAAUGGCUCUAGGGGUGUUCAUCGGCUCCAGCAGAGGGAGCUCUGACAGGAGGAAUUGUUCCUGCUGGCUGAGUUUCAGUCUUGCCCAUCAGUCAUUUAUCUCACCAGCAGACCAGGGCCUGAGUUCACCGCACCAUGGGGCAGUUUCCUGCCACAGUGGGGAAGGAAACAUCUGAACUCAAUGGAAGAGACAACCCUGCAGCUUUUGAUGUCACAUCCAUGCCCUUUGCCAGGCUAAGGCUACGCCGUGCUGGAGAUGAGCCUCAUUAUAAAAGCCUAGUACCAUCCCUACCUUCAUUCAGCACCCUUGUCAAGUGUCCACUGGGUUCCUCACCCACAGGGGAUGAGGAAACAGACUGAGCGUCAGCGGGUAGAUAGAGCUGUGCAGUAGGAGGUGGGAAAGCAAGAAGAAUGUUUUGGCAACUGGCAGAGGGCAGUGGGGAGAGAUUGAUUUCCCUGGAUCAGGCAGAAGAAGGUGUGGGUGGAGAAGGGGGCGGCCAAGAGCAGAAAGAAGAGGAUGCAGGGAACAUGCAAGGCAGGCAGGGUGCCAGGGGCACUACCCCUUUGAGAGUUCAUCUUCGUACCUUCAAGCCUUUCCCCCGCUAGGGCGCUGAUAGUAUCGGUGUCCCGUGUCUCUUGCUCUCUAAGGAUGCUCACUCAGUAGGGGCUACCUCAUCCUCAUGCUGCUCUUUUUGUGGGACCUUCUCAGAAGAAGGAAUCUUAAAUUUCCUCUCUAACACUGUGUCAGGCAAGGCGGGAGGCAUUCCUUUGCCCUCUCUCUUGUGCCAACCUGGAAAGGUACAGUCUCAGGUUCGGUGAGAACCCCCGCCAGCAGAGGCCCUGUGCAUCCAUCACUUUGACACAGGAAGUUCUCCCACCAGAAGCCCUGCUGUGUUCCCUGCCCCGUGCAGGGAAUCUCAUGCCUUUCCUUUCAUCGUCUUAGCACCAGCAGCCUAGAUUCUCCCUUCCUGAGUCUCCAGGGAUGACGCAUGGGAUUGGAGACGAACCUUGUUAUAUGCUCAUCCCUUAAAAGAUGAAUUGUGUAUGUGUAGUUGUGUGUGCCCUUGUGUUUUCAUCUCCCUUUUGUAAAGCUUGGACUUCUCUGUGGUUUUAUACUUGGUCAAAAGUGCUCGUCCUGGUAUUGCACUGUGUGGUUAUGGGAGGAUUGGGGGAAGGUCCCGUGUGGUACAAGAAAGGACCCUGUCCUCUUUCCUUGUUUGUGGUCACUGGCAUUGAUGGGGAGUGGGGAGAUGGUGGUUCUGGGAGAGGGCAGGUGAAUGUCCUAUUGCAAAUCAUUGUUUGGAACCAGCGUGUUUUGAAGUCCUUGGUGUUGCUCUGUGAGAGGACAUCGCCACCUGGUGCUCAUAAGGUGUAUGUGCAGAACAAUAAAUGGUAAAUCAACAACCACAAAAUUGCCGUCAACCUGCUUUCUGUAGACCAGUGCACCGACCUGUGAGGCAUUUGGGGUACCUCCCCAAGUCCGUAAGCAACCACAAACCCUUCCACUGAACGGGAGAGUCCCUUUUUCUAACUUUUUCACAUCUUUUCUACCCACAUGUUUGACCAAGUUACCUAGCUUGACUUCUUGUUCCUCUAAAGGAACAGACCAUGUGGCAGGGGAAGUAAGUAAGUGAAACUGUGGGGCAAAGACCGUCUUAAAAGCCAUGAACGUUUGCUUCUUAAAGUUCCCUUCCCCUGACUACAAUAUCGUGUAUUUUUCAAUAGUUUACA